ACUCUCUCUCUAUAUAUAACAAUAUCUCGUGAAAGAAAAACCAAGAGAAAGAAAGAAAAAAAAUGGGUAGUGAUAGUGAAAUGAUCCCAUGUCUAGAUUUUUCCAUGUUUGAGUUAGGAUUUGAUUAUGAAGAGAAUGAAGAGUGGAAAAAAAUGAGUAAAAAAGUGAGAGAAACACUUGAGAGAUAUGGUUGCUUCAUUUUAAUGGAUGAUAAGAAUAAGAUCUCAAAGAGUUUAUGUGAAUACAUGUUAAAUGGAAUGAAAGCCUUGUUUGAUUUACCUGAAGAAAUUAAGAGGAAGUACACAAGUGUCAUGCCAUUUAGUAGUUAUAAUAGUCAUUGUACCACCAUUCCACUAUUUCAAAGUUUUGGGAUUGUUGAUGCUCCCUUUGGUGAUACUACUAUGGAAUUUACUAAUCUUAUGUGGCCUCAAGGAAACCCAAUUUUCAGUGAGACAUUGAAGGCCAUGAGCUCCAAGAUGCUUGAACUGAAUUACCUCAUUCUUAAGAUGAUUCUAGAUGGUUAUGGUCUUCCAAAACAAUACACUUCAGAUAUUGAAAAAUUGAAGAGCUCUAGUAAUUUUCGUUUGAUUAAGUACAAAGUUCAUGAUGAAAUCAACAAAGAUUGUGAAGCUUUGUUGCCUCACACCGACAAAAACACUUUAACCAUUUUAUGCCAAAAUGAAGUCCAAGGUCUUGAGGUUCUUACCAAGUCAAACAAAUGGAUUCAAUUGAACAUACCCCAAGGAGGUUUCGCUGUCUUAAUUGGUGACACACUCAAGGCAUGGAGCAAUGGGAGACUUCAUGCGGCUACACAUAGAGUGAUGAUGAAUGGAGACAAAGAAAGGUACUCAUUUGCACUUUUUUCAUUGCCAAAGGAAGAGGUGAAAAUUGAGGUGCCACAUGAAUUGGUGGAUGAUAAAAUGCAUCCUCUACGUUACAAGUCAUUCAAUUAUGGAGAUUACUUAGACUACUAUGUUUCAACUCUCAAAGAAAAUGCACUUGAGGCAUUUAUAGGAGUUUAAUUGAUGUAUAUGAUAUAUGCUACUAAAAUAAUCAUCACUAUAUGCAUUAGAGACAUUUGAUCUUUCACAUAUAUAUAUAAAUUAUAUAUGAUAGUUAUGAGGGAAUGAGAAGAAUAAUCAAGUUAUAUUAUAGUAGUAA